UUCCGCCGAUUCCCCCGGCCCCUGCCUCUACUCCUUUUUAAACGAGCCGGCACGCCACCGCGACCACGCCGAGUCGUCCUCGUCUCUCGACUCUCGUACACCCCUCCCCCUCGGCCAGCCAGCACACGACGACGAGACGAGACGAGACCUAGGGGAGCCGCGAGCCAGGCGGUCCGAAGCGAGCGAGCUAGGGUUUGCUCGAUCCAAACCCCCACCCACCCACCACCAGGUUCUGCCUUUUGAGGCCAUCAAACCUGGCCAACUGUCAUGGACCUGGUGGGAUCACUGCUGAUAAACAUGACCCGCUGGGUUGACCCUUCUGGGAUUGAAUUCUUCGGGUGGCUCAUCACUGCCGGUUCCUUUGGCCUGGCGGCGCUCAUCUACGGUCUCCUCAGGCUGCAGAGGGAGGCGUCGCUGUACUGGCUCAAGGCGGCCGCCAGGGAGAAGAAGGCUGUGUCGAAGGUGCUACGGUGCCCCUGCUCAAGCCAUACCUGGACCGAGGACCGCUUCCGUGGUGGCCAACCUUCGACGUGCUGUGUGUGCCUGUCGUCCCUGGCCUUGCCUCAGGGUGUAGGCUCGAGGGCCCUUGACGCUGAUGUUGUUUACCGGUGCUCUGUGUGCGGAGUGGCGGCUCAUUGGUACUGCUCGCAGGGCGCUGACAAGGACUGCAAGUGUGUCACGCAGGCUGGUGCUUCCACUUUGCUGCAUCACUGGUCGGAGAGGUGGGUGGAGAUGGACGAUAACCCGGAGAUAACAACCUUCUGUUAUUACUGCGAUGAGCCCUGUGGUGUGCCAUUCCUUGGCGUCUCUCCUAUAUGGCGCUGUCUUUGGUGCCAGAGGCAGAUCCAUGUGGAUUGUCAUGCAAAGCUGUUGAAGGAGACGGGGAACACUUGUGAUCUUGGCCUGCUCAGUAGACUUAUUGUUCCACCUCUAUCGGUGAAACAAGUUGGUCAAGGUCCGGCAACCAGUGGAGUGUUCAACUCAAUCAAAGAAGGGUUUGUCACUUCUUCAGUUAGGGGUCGGAUUAGAAGGCCACGCAGCAAGAAACGCAUGAACAAUCAGUCUGGCAUUAAGACAACUGCGAUUUCCGCAGACAGUUCAAUUCUCGACUCCGUUCUUGAAGGAUUUGCUAGACUGCAGAACCUGAAUGGAAAGUAUACUCUGGCAAACCCCAAGUUCUCUGGAAACACUCCCAAGCAAACAUGUGGAUCUGACAUUACUAAUGGAGAGGAAAAGAAGUAUGAGCUUGUAGAUUUGCCACAAGAUUCGAGGCCGCUGCUUGUUUUCAUCAACGGCAAGAGUGGUGGCCGUAACGGGCCUUCUCUUAGAAGAAGACUGAACAUGCUGCUGAAUCCCAUACAGAUAUUUGAGCUAAGCGUUUCUCAGGGUCCUGAAGUUGGAUUGCAACUAUUCCAGAAUGUAAAACACUUCAGAAUUCUUGUUUGUGGUGGGGAUGGAACUGUGGCAUGGGUUCUCGAUGCCAUAGAGAAACAGAACUAUGAAUCCCCUCCCCCUGUUGCCAUUCUUCCGCUAGGAACAGGAAAUGACCUAUCGCGUGUUACCCGCUGGGGUGGAGGUUUGUCUUCUGUUGAAGGACAAGGGGGAAUAUGGGCACUUUUAAAUGACAUUGAUCACGCAGCAGUUAUGGUUCUUGAUCGCUGGAAUGUAACCAUCAAAGAGAAGAAUGGGCCAGAAGGUCAAUGCACCAAGCAAGUGAAAUUUAUGACUAAUUAUCUAGGUAUUGGAUGUGAUGCCAAGGUUGCAUAUGAUUUCCACACAACUAGGGAGGAAAGGCCAGAUAAAUUUAGCAGUCAGUUUGUGAACAAGCUGAUAUAUGCUAGAGAAGGCGCUAAGGAUAUGAUGGAUAGGUCAUGUUCCGAUUUACCAUGGCAUGUUAGCCUUGAAGUUGAUGGAAAGAACAUUGAAAUUCCAGAGGAUGCAGAAGGUGUGAUCAUUCUGAAUAUCGCUAGCUACAUGGGUGGUGUUGAUCUUUGGCAAAACGACAAUGAUUAUGAUGAUGAUUUCAGUUCACAAUCAAUGCAUGACAAAAUGCUUGAGGUGGUCUGUAUAUCUGGGACAUGGCAUCUAGGCAAACUGCAGGUAGGACUAUCGAGAGCACACCGACUAGCCCAAGGAAGAGUCAUAAGAUUUCACCUGCACAGUUCAUUCCCUGUUCAGGUUGAUGGUGAACCAUGGAUUCAGCCACCUGGGUGCCUUGAGAUAUCUCACCGUGGACAGGGCCUGUUCUGAUCUCCUCCCAACUCUCCAAACUCCCCGAAUUCAGCUUCUCGGGGCAGCUUCGAACUCCACACAGCGAAGGGAUUCCGUUCUCCAGCUUCGCUAGCUUCGAAUUACUCCCUCUGUAAACAAAUAUGAGCGCGUUUAGAUCAAUACUUUAGUGAUCUAAAUGCUCUUAUAUUUCUUCGAGGGAGUAAUAAAGAUGGCUGCAUGCAUCGAUUGAUGCAGAGGCCGGGGGUUUAACCUCCUUUUCAAAAAAAAAAAACCUCGGUGGCUUGUCUUAGCACCAUAAUGGGCCCGCUGGAACCAGCUCGUUGAAACAGGGAGCGAAUCGUUAUGUUUGGUGGUCGGGAACGAGCGAAUCGUUACGUUUGAUGGUCAUGAACGAAACAUUAUACUUGGCGGUGGCACUGCAGGUGUAAUUUGAGCGAACUCCAGAUUUUGGUUUUGGUGGAGCUGGGCCGACCGAGCUUCAGUUUUUUGCACUACGCUCUGGCUCAGCUCCGAGAAGUCAGCUUCUCGGAGCCCAACCGUUCGGGGCAUUUUGUACUGCAGAUUUAUGUGGAGUUAGAAGCUAGAUGAGAUCAGAACAGGCCCGAAGUUUAAUCUAACUGUAGUUUGUGAAA